AUGCCGCCGCCGUCGUCGAACAAAAAGAAGUCCAAGAAGGACAAGAAGGACAGGAAGCAUCGGAAGGAGGGCGGCGGCGGCCACCGCGGGUCCGGGAUCGACGCGCUCGUCGAGAGCGGGAACGAGCACAUCGCGCUGGACCGCGUGGAGGAGGGGCUCGCCGACUUGCGCAAGGCGCAUCAACUCGCGCCGGACAGCGCGGACGCCGCGGAGGCGUACGGCAUGGCGCUCGCGGAGUACGGAGACGGCGCGACGGCGGUCAUGAUUCUGAAGAGAGCCGCGAUGCUCCGACCGAACGAAGGCUACGAGAAGUUCAUGUACCUCGGGCAGCUCAUCGAAGACGGCGUCGCGGCCGCGACGUGCACGCGUCAGGCGCGUCCCAUCUCGCGCCGGUCCCCAUACAGACGACCGCGUCGGCGCGGUGAACGCCGUUCCUUAAGGACUUUCCCCGGCGGCCUCAACGUCAUCGAAUUCCAAGCCGCGCACGGCGACGAGGACGCGUCGGAACGCAUGGGCGGCGCGUGCUGCGCGCUCGCGGAGCAGCUCAUGGCGACGACCGACGACGUGCGCGAGGUCGCGGACGAGUGCGACGCGCUGCUGCGGAGAGCCGCGGAGUGCGACCCGAGGAGCGCGGAGCCGCUGCAGGUGAUGGCGUCGUUGCGCGCGGCGCAGGGGCGGACGGAGGAGGCGCUGGAGGCGCUGAGGCAGUCCAUCGCGCAGGUCCGUCCGUCCGUCCGUCGCGUUCUCCGUCCAGUCCACCACCACACGUUCUGCCACGUCAUCUCAUCUCGUCGAAUGAAAACGAUUCGAAUUCGAACCGCCGCCACGUCCGCGCGUGCUGACCAAUGGAUUCGCCGAUCGUAUCCCUCCUCGCAGUGGCGCGGCGCGCGCGACGCGCAAGACGAGGAGGACAACGAGUUCCUCGGAGAAUACGACGUCUCGUUCGAGUUCAGGUUCGAGACCGCGAAGCUGCUCCUCGAGCUCGACACGAGCACGGACGAGGCGAUCGACGUUCUGGAGGAACUCUUAGAGGAGAGGGACGACGUCGUGGACGUGUGGCACCUCUUGGCGCUCGCGAACCACGGAUGCUGCGCGUUCGACAAGGCGCUGGAACAUUUGGACCACGCGGAGGAGCUCCUGAGGCGGCGGGGCGGCGACGAGAUGGCGGAGGCGGACAUGGCGGAGCUGCGCGCCGCGAUCGUGGACUCGAAGGGGAAGUGGAACGAGGAAGGGCUCGGCGAGGACAGGGGCGAGGAGGAGGAGGAGGAGGAGGACGACGACGACGAGUCGGACUGA